AUGGCAGGUCAAUCGGAGAGUGAGCUCAAUGCCGGUUCCGAGGCAAACCAAAUUGAAAUCGGCGAAUUGUCACCGGAAAUAAAGAAUAUCAUUGCCGCUCGACAGGAGUGGCUGGAUCUUACAACACAUUUUGAGAAACGGGGAGAUGUGUAUUUAAAUAUCGACAAAACAUUUCAGCAGGAAUUCAAAGAGUUGAUCGACAAAUUAGGGCAUCCACCAUCCGCUCACAUACGUCUAUUUCGCACCCAGGAUAACAAUGUGCCAACCAUUGUUCACGAUAGCCGCCUGAAACGUGCACUCUUCAUUUAUCCACUUCACCUAUUGGGUGGUCAUGCGGAGGUACAUUCCUCUCAUCCUGGAGCGCCCGGUUCGAUAUCCAAAGAGCUUUGCGUCGGGUCUUUUGUGGCCUUUCAGGACCAAGUCGUCAUUGAUGGUGUGCUGGAUUUCCUUCUGGUAGGAGUGCCGAAAUAA